CAAGUGUCAUAUUAGAAAUAAAAGUCUAAAGUGAUGUUGGUUUAUGUAAAGUUAAUUAAAAUUCGCGAUAAAACGUUUAAAAAUCAAUUGACUGUGGUGGUUGGACGACUUAAGAUGUAACUAAAGAUGUGAUAUUUUAGUUUUUAAUUGUAAUUGUAAAGGAUUAUCAAACGAAAGUACAAAGCCAAAUGCGAAAGUUACGUGUGUAGUUAAGGCCAACCGAUUGAUUUCCGAAAAAAAAUGGGAUUUACUCAUUUAUCGUUCGAAAUCAUUUUAAUACAAUUAUGUAGUGGCUUCCCUAUCGGAUUAGAGAACUCCGCAGCAGAUUUUCACACCCAGUUCAUUACCGGAUUAGUAGGCGUUCUACUGAUCGUUUGCGGAACAGUAUUUUUAGUCGGUUGCCUUUGUUGCCAAAGAAGAAAUGGAUUUAAGGAUGAGAAAAAGCAGGAAUUUCAGAAUUGCCAGGUUGUGGCUUCUUCAACUUCUAGUCUGGAUCACGGACAUAUCAAUCCAAUCGCGAACGGGGAAUUUACGAUAUUUACCCCUCUUUCCCCGCCGCAUCAUAACAAUAACGUUUUCCUUGCCAACGAGCGAAUUGUAGGGCGAACUGAGAUCGAUUGCGAUAAUGAGAAUGCGGAUCUUAGUUCUUGGUUUGGUAAGCCGCCCAGCUUACCAUUCAACAAUUUUGACCGGUGCCUUACAGAUCGUUCCGAGGCAGAUUUCCCUCGUACGAAACUAAAGUACAUUAAAGAAAUUGGAAGGGGUUGGUUCGGUAGAGUCGUUGAAGGAGCCGCACAAGGAUUAGAUGAUAAUUGUGAUAUUUGGAGUCCGGUCGCUGUCCGUAUCUUAGAGGCGAGCGCGACGAGUACGGAGCGCGCGGUUUUUUUACACGACGCCAAUAUUUACCGGUGUGGUAAACAUCCACAUAUCUUGAAACUACUUGGCCGUUGCCUUGAAUCCGUCCCAUUGCUUCUGUUACAAGAGCUUUGUCCUUGUGGUGAUCUUAAAAAGUAUUUGUUAGAUAAUCGAAGUUCCGCCGAGAAGUUAUCGAGUAGCGACCUGCCCUUACUUUGGUCCUGUCAAAUUUCGUCCGCCAUUAAACAUCUCCACGAUCACAGAUUGACGCAUCCAGAUUUGGCGGCCCGAAAUUGUCAGGUGGUCAAUGAACGUACGAUAAAGCUAGGCGAUUAUGGCGUUGCUGCUAGUUUGUAUCCGGAAGAUUAUUAUCAAGGAGCACCUGCGGUUCCUGUGAGAUGGUGUGCUCCCGAGUCGAUAGUUUACACUUGCACUACCAUUCAACCCAAAAAAGUAACAUUAGAAAGUAACGUCUGGUCGUUUGGUGUAACGAUGUGGGAAAUUUUGGAGCAUGGAGCGCAGCCGUACUCGCAGUUAAGUGAUGAUGAGGUGAUUUCGCAAGUGGUAGGCUCUGGAACCGUACGCUUAGCCAAACCUACGUCACCUGCCCUCUACACUGAUUACUUAUUCCGUCUAAUGCAAAUGUGCUGGUCAACGCUCGAAUCGCGCCCUUCCGUUUCACAAGUGCAUUUAAUGCUGUCCGACCUAAUGCAAGUUUAUCAAAACCAGACGAACUCGGAGCCCGGCAUUUUGCUGGAAGACUUCGAUAAACGCUGGGACAGUUUUAAACCGAACUCGCUCGCCAGGACGGACAAUCAGGAUUUUUUGCGCGAUAGUAAGUCGCUGGCGGACAUUGAUCUUAGCGAUAUCACCGUACUGAACAUGAAGAUGGGUAAGGACGACGAUUUGCUAAACUCGAAACCGAUGUCGCCGAGUUUGAAUAACUUGCACGGGUCGUUGGACAAUUUGGUCAACGACGAGAUGGACUCGUGGUUGCAGAAGGUCGCGCAUAAAACCGGCGAUAUGUCGUACGUGCGCGGUUUAUCGGAGGCCAUGAGCGAUCUGGAUAAGGCGCUGGCGCUGGAGAACGUCUCCAGUUCCGAUUCUAGUUACCAGCCCAGCCCGGCACCGGAGACCGUGUCGACGAACAAGCUACAGUUUCAGUUGGGGCCUACGCGAAUGGAAACGUCUCAAGCACAGCAAAGCAGUUUGACUGAAAGCAUGCAACGAACGAGUAGCGAAAGUGAGACUGAAGAUGAGAAUUGGAGGCGGAAAAUCGAGCAAGGGGCUUACUCCGAGAAGGUACACCAAAAAUCAAAGUCCGUGACCGACCUCAUGGUUCUUACGCAUAUUGAUUACUCAGAAUCGGAUUCCGAAACUCCAUUGCCUAGUUUAGAUUAUAGGGUCAAUUAUAAGAAUGUAAGAUAUGCGCCUAAGCAUAAUUUAGAAAAUGCGAGCUUAUUGUUCGGAAGCGAGGGUAACCUUUUGAGCGUCCACGAUAAGUUUCAAGAGGAACUGAGGAGGCUCCAAGAGGAGCGUAAAGAUAGUUUACUGUUUGUACCUGAAUACAAUCGUUCUCGUGAUAAUGAUACUAACAAACCUUACGAGGAUAACGUAGUCGAUAUUGAUAAUUUAUUAUACCGUACUGAGCAUAUUAGUAGUAGCAAUACGCAAUCAAACUUUACCAAUGCCGAGCAAUCACCAAAUGCCAUUUCGCAAAAUACAAAUCAUCGUAACCCCGAGUUUUUAUUAGAAGAAUUAAGUAAUAAUACAAUUGAUAUUCAGCCUGCGAAUCAAGUAUACAAUGUAUUUAAUCUCACUGUAGAUACCAAGUUUACCCCGAAUCACAUAACUAAAGAUCUGCAAAAUAUAAUCCUACUGGAGGACAAGCCGAUAAAGAAGAGCCUAUGUUACAACGUGCCAAAGUUAUCCGAAAUAAUACAAAAUAACGACGGAUUAAUGGAUUACAUUAUUAAUAAGUACGAAACCGAAGAAGAUCUAAACAAUAGCAAGGAAUUUAACAACAAUACGCCAUCGAAACCGGUUGAGAAUUGUGAGGUGGCUCCGCCCACAGUGAAUUUUGACGUCGGUUCGAACCAAGACGAAGUCUCCCCCAAUAGCAUGACGCACAUGGUCGCCUUUAGCAGUACGCCGUUCGCGAAACGCGACCACGCAACGUCGCAGUUUUCUUCGAAUUUUGAUCCAGAUGACGCGCUGGCAUUACAGUACUCUUUGGAAACGUGGGACAACUUUCUCGGAGAGGCAAUGGAGGGUCCGAAGAAGGCGAUUGAAUUGAAUGGCUUCUCGGCGGCGGAACCGACAUCGCUCAUGUUUACAGAGGGAGGGGAGCCUGCUACUGAUGAUGAUGACAAAACUUUUAUGAUUGAUCAGCCAGGCGAUGCGACUUACGUCAAGGAAGAAAAUGACGGUGACGAGAAUGUAGCCAAUCAAACCUACGAUCUUAGUUUCACUUCUUCGGCCGAUAGUGCAGAGAAAGACAGCGCGCCUGGAUCAGGUCAGGGAUGGUAUCUCCACCCCCAAGAAAACGCACCGGUGACGGGCGAGUUGGAGAUGUGUCAAACGGGCGACGCUGAAAGUUACGUCGGUUUCAGUGUGGAUGACGAAAUUGUGGCGGCGCUUAGAAAUGAACUAUUAAUGAAACUACCUCAGGCGCAGGGUCACGUUAGUGAGCAAGUCCAAGACGAUGAUGAGGAAGAAUUGGAGGAACGGAAUGAAGUUUUGAUAAAGUACUACAAUGUUCCACUGUCGCCGAUACCGGAGGAAAGUUACAGUGAAGAUAGCCGUUUCAUAUGCAAUCGCCGGAAUAGUACCGACUCGGAAAAUGAAGAAUGGCUCGAGCAGUUAGACGAUGGAAUCACGCCCGUUCCGGAUACCGAAACUGUAUCCAUCCAAAACAAUGAGAGUCCCGCGCACGAACCACCACACCGGCAUACGCCCAGUCAGGACUCGUGCUGUUCAAACGAUACAUUAUUUAAUCUCGAGGAACUCCUUUGCGCAGAUGCCGACAAGAAAGGUGAGGUCCUGUUAAGAUCUGAAAAGAAGCAAGAGACUGACGAGCAUCAAGCCAAGACUGAUAAUUUAAUACUCGACAACAUCUCUGAUAUUAACGUGGAAGAUAUGUGUAAAGGAAUAAUGGAAGAUCUGGUUAGCGGUUUGGUGGUGUACGAAAAUGGCGAUACAUGCGACAAUUUAGUGAAUGGAUUUUCUGUACCUGAAAAUGAUUGGUUGCCAGAUAUCACUCGAUUUCUAAAUUGUGAACGCAAGAACCACUUUGAAUCGAAUAAAGAAAACGGUCUGGACGAACGAGAGGUGGAUAUCGAGGAUAUACACUUCGUUUCAAACGGUCCAGAGUACAUAAAUGUGGACGAUCUCAACCGGCUUAAAUUAGAUGUUGACUAUGUCAACGUGAACGAGCUAGAUAAAAUUGUUAAUGUUAACAAUGAAUCUGAUUAUGCCAAUGUAAAUAGCGAUGGGGAUGUAUACGACGCCCUUACCGAUAUUCGGUUUACGGGUCCGGGUGAUGUGCAAAUGAUGUCGACUUCGUUUAGCGAAAGCGUCGACAUUGACGAGCAAGAUUGGGAUAGCGGAUCCGAUACGAGGUCAAGUUCAAGCGGCGAAUUUAUUUGGAAGGAGGGGGAGCACGAAGAGUCUGUGAAGGCCCUACGAGCUGCCCCACAAGAUGUGAAUUCAAAUGAAAAAUGCAACGCAAUGAACGAUAUCGAUGAGGUUUCAACCGAAACCAGCGACGAAGAUGAAGACGGCGAUAGUCCAGAAUUCGUGCCAUCUGCUUGGGACAAAUAUGCGACACCUACAAAGUCCUCUUUACGUUCUCCCGAGAAAACCUUAGAGAAAGCCGAAGUUAAGAAGCGGAAAGGUGUUUGGUUUAAGAAACAAAAAUAUCACUGCGUGUACGAGUAUCCUCGCGAACCCGAAAGUCCUAUUGUUAACAGCUACGAUUUAUGGCAGCCUGUUACCAACUCUUUAAUUGAUUGGGAAGUUGAUACUACCUCGUUAACCGACAACCAAAAUUUGUACCUUGGUGAUUUUUCGACAGGCAUGACAGGAUUCGACGACGAAUUUUACAUAAGCAGUACAGCACAACCGUUCGAAGCCCUCGCCGGUCUCGCUUCUCAAUUCUUUCCCGGUCAGGCGAUAUCCGAGCAGUGGGUCGAUUUAACAAAGUCCCCCUACGAAAACGUUACCCCGGACAGCGGCGUCGAAGACAUCACCCCGGCGAGCAACUCUGACAUCAACGAAUUUCCACACGAAACCGCGAAACCCCAACUGCAAUCGUUAAAAUCGCUAGCGACGUCGGCGCUCAAACAACACCAGCCGACCCACCUCAAAACCGACACCACGAAAGACUGCCUGGGCGGCCUCAGACACACGCGAAACAAGCUCAAACUCGAUCUCCCGCCCAGUCCCAACGCCUUCACCGUCACGAAGGCGUUCACGAUAGAGCCCGAAGAAGAGCCAAUCACCAAACAGGAAGUUCCUACGUUCACGACGUUCGGUAAAAGUCGAUUUCUAGUGCAGCACGUCGAUACGCCGACGCCCGAGGAGGAGAGCAAGAACGUUUCGUUCGAGGCGCUCCCCCACAAGCCGAUUCGCAUGGUUAAGGGCGAUAAGGUCAAGGUGGAGAUGCGGGGGGAGGCGAGUCUGCUUGAUAGCGCGGACGAGGAUAGCGGUAUCGAAUCGAGCACGUUGGAACGGCGAAAAAUUGUGUCGUAAUUGUUUGUUUUAAAACGCCUUAGUAGGAUUCGCAUUUAGUUUAAUUUUCGUAGAGCAGUGGGACCACAAUUUCAUGCUCUUCCUUUAGCGCCCCCGCUUCAUUUUGAUCAAACAGUAUUAAAUGCAAAAGAGAAUCGGUGCUAGACAAGUAUGCGUUCGCUUUUUUAAAAUUGUGGAACCACCAAAGUGAAUGAAUGCACUAAUUUUGAUGUACCUUGACCACACAUUUUUUUUGUUUAUUUUAUUGAGUCUUAAUUUAAGUGGGUAGUAGUCGGUUUCAUAAUUUAUAAAUAAAAGCGAACGUACAUUUGCAUAGCCUCGAAUCUCUUCACGCUUAGUACUCUUUGAUAUUAUUCAAACAUGAAAUGGUUCAGCUUAAUUUAUUAGCAGGUAUUUUGCGUAGCAUCACUGACAAUAUAAUAACAGAUCUUUGUGUAAUUGUGAUAAAGUCUUAUUUAUUUUUACAUUAAAUGGAUACGUUAAAUGUUAUUGUUAAAUGUUAUGUAUGGUCUGAUCCAUUUUCUAGUUAAUUGAAUUGAAAUUCUCCAAUUGUCGUAUGCGUUCAGUAUUUACGAUGUAUUACUAGUAGGUCUUGAAAAGUGAAAAUUGUUUUUCCGAAAUUAAUCUCACGGAUGAGUGGAUAAAUUCUGUUUUAACUUAAGUCAUCUCGUCCUUUCAACUGUCUUCAUUAAUCUCGUUGAAACGUAGUUAAUACCGAAUUUAAUACUCUUUGACAUAACAAAUUUCUAUAUUUUAAUAUACUAGCUGUGUAGAGGUACGUGUCUUCGUAUUACAGUCUAAUUUGUAUGUAAAUAAUGUGAUUUAUUAGUUUUGUUGUAUUAAUUGUAGAAUAGCUGUAUUAUAUUGCACUAGGUAGAUAAGUAUGUUGUAUUAAUAAAAAAUACUACCCA